AUGUGUCCUCCCGGCGUCGACCAAACCGAGCGGUCCCUCCAACAAUGGGCAUUACUGACACCACGACUGGAGCAGAUUAUCAAUCUACCAUAUCCACGCGGCUACUCCGAGCGGAAAAUCCAUUCUCCAGCGUCUUAUGUUAGUAAUUCAUGGUCCUUCAGUGCUUUUCAGAUGCUAUCUGGAGUGGCUGUCGACCGAUACAUCCCGGAAUGCCUCGCCACUGCAAGAAUUGCGACACAGCUCUCUCUCGUCGAAAGCCUCCCCGCCGAGCUCCUUAUGUCGAUACUCGAACACGAUCUCGCGAGAGAGGAUAUUAUGGCUGUCGGGUUAUGCUCUUCAACGCUCUGGACGCACGUUCUCAACCACAUUGCUCGCGACUUGCGCGAUACAGUUUCAAACUGGGCAGGGACUCCUCUGAUUUGCGCGGGGACGUAUCUGAAAGACUUGCCACCGGCGUUGCAAGAGUUCGUCCCAGGCUACGCGGAGCAGCAACGCGUCUACCUUGACAGGACGCUGAACCGUCGGAAGGGAAUGCCGAUGCUUCGGAACAAAAUGCCUCCAGCGAGACGCUACAACUGGGAUGCUCGGAGCUCCUUCGAGCAUGUUCCAGACAGACAGCAUGCGGUGCAUUCGUGGAUGAUGAUCUUCUGUCACGUGUGCAACGAGGAAGAGCCUAUGAAGACCGCAUUGACAUCCAGCCUGCGCAGAGCUUUGCGAUGGCGGCAACAUGACCAGGGUGGUGCCUGGCUGCUGAGAAACCUGACAUCCAAGGAGUUCGUGGCGCUUGAUGUGAAGGACGAUGGAGUGCAUCAUAUUGAGGCCACGGUGAAAGCCGAAGCCUGGCUGAGUCUUGACAGAGCUCUGCUGCAGAGGAUAUGCUGGUCGCGCUUCUCCCCGGACCUUUUUGAGGAUCAAUGUGAAGAUGAAAGGGAGGUUCAAGAACGAUGCCACCGUGGUGUGUGGGCAGGUCAUUGCUUCGAUGUUGUUCGUGAGGCAAAGGUCUCUACUGAGGAGUGGAUCGAUGUUCGAGAAGUACUCAUAGAAGAGGCGAAGGCGGCUCAAGCGCCGAAAAUCGAGCUUGAUUCUACGGAAGAUGAGGAGGGCGAAGAAUAG